AUGGCAGCAUAUGAAAACGAGUGUGAGAACAACAUCUGUAGCCAGGAGUGUGCUAACAUACACGGCUCCUAUCAGUGCUACUGUCGGCAAGGUUACUUCCUGAAAGAGGACGGGCACACCUGUGAAGAUAUUGAUGAGUGCUCCCAGAGCAUCGGGAACCUCUGCACCUUCAAGUGCAUCAACGUUCCCGGCAGCUACCAGUGUGCCUGCCCCCCUCAGGGAUACGUUAUGUCAGCCAACGGACGCACCUGCAGAGAUGUUGAUGAGUGCACGGCUGGUGUCCACAACUGCUCCGUUGGGGAGACGUGCUAUAACCUGCAGGGAGGCUUCAGGUGUCUGUCGUUUGACUGUCCUCACCACUAUGAGAGGGUGUCUGACACACGCUGUGAGAGGUUCAGUUGCCCCCCCAACUCUCUGGACUGCCAGAGCUCUCCGGUCCGGAUCACGUACCACCAGCUCAGCUACCAGACCAACAUCAUCACGCCGGCUCAGAUCUUUCGCAUCGGGCCUUCCCCCGCCUACGCCGGUGACCACAUAGUCGUCAGCAUCAGGAGAGGCAACCAGGAGGGCUACUUCAGCACCCGCAAGCUCAGCACUUUCACCGGCGCCGUUUACCUCCACAGAAAAGUGCACGAGCCCAGAGACUUCCUGCUAGAUGUGGAGAUGAAGCUGCUGAGGCAGGGGAAGAUGACCUCGUUCCUGGCCCGAAUCUAUGUUUUCAUCACGUCCAGUAGGAUGUAA